AUGAUGGCUACGAAAUUGCGAGUGCGACCUCUUAGGUUGUAUAAAUAUCAUGUUCUGAAAUAUGCUACUCAGUAUCUUACUAGUCAUAUAACUAACCAAGGGUACCAGAGAAGAGCUGUACGCUACGGGGGAAGAAGAGAAUUUUCUCUGAGGAAAAAUACUGGCAUGGUGGUGGGAGUGUGUCAAGUCACGCCAUCCAGUCUCCCACCAGGACUCCCCCUCGCCGUUUCACGCCGCACAGGAGCAUAUAACAAGGGACGAGCGCAGCGCUGGACACUUCACUCCGGGCUGCACCCUAAGCAAAUGUUCACCACAGUUUCAGGUUUAGUAGUACGGCCGCCACCCUGA